ACUCAGGAAUGGCGGUCCGCCACGCUUGCGUGCCGCCUUUUUUUUCGCACGGACCUCGGCAGAAAAAUCACCCUUCCUCCCUGACUUCCCCUUCCGCUCGCAACUGCGUCACUUCCGGGAAGAGCGUACCUACCCAAUCAGAAGUGAGAAAGGUGUAGCUUGUACUAACCUCUUUUUGGUUCUCCGGGAUUACGUUUUCCCGGGAAGGCGGCCAGCUACCACCGUGACAUGUGUAUUAGGGUAGCGCGGAUUAUAACUUUUCUACAAGUCUUUCAGUCUGAAGGGAAAAGUUGUUUAGGUCCUCAUAGUUGAGACAUCUUUAAGAGAAUAAGAGUGGAGAAGAACCAGUUAUUUUCCUGCUAAAAUCAUGAUGGAAGCAGAACAGCAGCAACAGCCAUGGAAGACAGACUUUUACUUGGAAUUGCCAAAAGUGGAACUUCAUGCCCACUUGAAUGGAUCCAUUAGUUCUAAUACCAUGAGGAAAUUAAUAGCCAAGAAGCCAGAUGUUAAAAUUCAUGAUCAGAUGACUAUGAUUGAAAAGGGAAAGAAAAGAACUUUGGAAGAAUGUUUCCAGAUGUUUCAAAUUAUUCAUCAGCUUACUACUAGCCCUGAAGAUAUUCUAAUGGUCACAAAAGAUGUCAUUAAAGAAUUUGCAGAUGAUGGUGUCAAAUACCUGGAACUAAGGAGCACACCCAGAAGAGAAAAUGCUACUGGAAUGACUAAAAAGACUUAUGUGGAAUCUAUACUUGAGGGUAUAAAACAGUCAAAACAAGACAACUUAGACAUUGAUGUUAGGUAUUUGGUAGCAAUCGACAGAAGAGGUGGUCCCUCAGUAGCCAAGGAGACUGUUAAACUUGCUGAAGAGUUUUUUCUUUCUACUGAGGAUACAGUUCUUGGCCUUGACCUCAGUGGAGACCCUACUAUAGGACAGGGAGAAGACUUCUUGGAACCUCUUUUAGAAGCUAAAAAAGCAGGUCUGAAGUUGGCAUUGCAUCUUUCAGAGAUUCCACAACAAAAGAAAGAAACACAAAUGCUCCUGAGUCUGCUUCCUGACAGAAUCGGGCAUGGAACAUUUCUCCACUCCUCUGAAGGAGGAUCCCUGGAUCUGGUGGACUUUGUGAGGCAACACCAGAUACCACUAGAACUCUGUUUGACUUCAAACAUCAAAAGUCAGACCGUUCUGUCUUACGACCAGCACCAUUUUGGAUUCUGGUACAGCAUUGCCCAUCCUUCUGUGAUUUGUACCGAUGAUAAGGGUGUUUUUGCAACACACCUUUCUAAAGAGUACCAACUGGCAGCCGAAACAUUUAAUUUGACCCAGUCUCAAGUGUGGGAUCUGUCCUAUGAAUCUAUCAACUACAUCUUUGCUUCUGACGGCACCAAAUCUGAACUGAGGAAGAAGUGGAAUCAUCUGAAGCCUGAAAUGUUAAAUUUUUUUUAAGCUAUAAUGAGGUGAACUACUUUUGAGUAUGUGUUGUGACCAAGAUGUCCCUGCCAUAUCCCACUUAGUGUACCAUCCGCCACUCCCUUUGAAGCAUAGUACCAUGGACUCCUUCACCAGCACCUUAUACAUGACAGGUGCUCAGUAAAUAUGUCUUAAACUGAUUAGCAGGCUCUAAGGUCUUGCAUAACUUACCUCCAUGCUGCUUACUGGAAGGGACUUCAGUGUUGUUGCUAACUAAAUUCCCCAUUCCGCUAGUGAUUUUUUUACCUUAGCAGUUCCUCCCCAUUAGUGAUCAUAAAACUUCAAGGAAUUCAGAGUAAUUUCUCAUCAGGAAGUUUUGGAGUUAUAUUAGUCUAUGGUAAGAAGAGAGGGGAAAACAGAUUUCCACCAAGACCUUUAAGCCUUCUAGCUCGUGACAACAGCUCUGUAUUUUGUUGUGCUUACUUUAAUCAGAUUCCCUUCAUUUGCUUUAACUCUUUAAGUAUUCUCCAAGACUGUUGACACCAGGUUACAUUAAACACCAUGGAUUUGUGUGAGUGCCCAGUAGUCAGGGUUAAUCUAUGUUGUGUGACUCGUGACAGAUAAAGCUAGUUGCUGAAGUCUGGAUUUGCCCUUCUCAUGAUUGUCCUGUCGAUACUAGAAAGGGAUUGAAGUCUUUGCUUCAGUUUAGAAAAGAAAAAGAGUGAGAGAAUAGCUCACCAAGGCGUGGGAAAGACAGAGCUGCUGCAGCUUCUAUUUUUAAAAUAGCUUCUAUCCCUUUAGCUUUUUCUUUGUGGAGGAUGCCAAGAUUUCCACCCCAGUAUUCACUUUAUCCUCAUUCCAAAAGGUUCUCUAGGAGUGGCAACAUCGUGGUAACUAGGUUCUUUGGGUCUCCUAUAACCCCACCCCUACACGAUGGAAACUGGUGCAGGCUUACAUAAAACUCACACACAUACCAUGACCACUUCAGCUGAAGACAAGGGGCAAACUCAGAUCAGUUGUGAAUGGUAAGAAAAAUAAUUUAUUAGAUAUUAAGGUAUGCUUGAAUUGUUUUGCUGCAUAUAAUGUAUAUUUUCCCCUGUUAUCAGGAAGACAAUACUGAUGAUACCCCUAAUUUCAAUUACUAAGGUUUUCUGAUAAGUUUUCUAUUUGUCUUUAUUUUAGGGAGCAGCAUAGAGAGAAGCUCUUAGGUUUUUGAAAUUCCUAGAUGUAUGUUUAUAAUCUUGCAUAGCGUUAUAUUAUUUUCUGCCCCCAUCUGUUCAUUCAGAAAUUGCAUUGUAAAAUAAUUCAUAAAAUAUGGAUAUUUUGCAGCUACUAAAAAUGUUGUAGAACAUAGUUUAAUAACAUAGAAGUGUUCAUCAUAACAUAUUCAGUGAAAAACUGAGGUUAUGAACAAUGUUAUAGUUCAUUUUUUAAUACAUAUAACAAAAGCUAGUGCGAUAAAUUGUCGACCAGUACCCAAGGGGAGACAGUGGGGAAUGAAGAGACCCGCUUAUAGGAUCAGGAGGACCCUACAGGCUGAUGACCUAUAAGGCAUCCUAGUUUAUUUUAGGUUCCUUUUUGUAAGCCAGUGUAAAUAACAAAUUGUACUGAUUAAAUCAGUUAUGUCUGGUACAAAGCUAUUUUAUAGAACAUUUUCAGCUGCCACAGCACUUGAAGGUUCAUGGCUAACUACUUAUCAACAAAAUAAGAGCAUAAGUUCCUCAUUUACAAAACUCUCAGGGUCCUGGGUUCAAUCAAAGGUCAGACCUCAAUGGGAGGGAGAAGGGGGAAGCAGGCAAAACAGGAAGCUAGCCUUGCUGGCCUAUUCGCUAGAAUAGCAAGGACUUCUGUUUUUGUCAGCUUGCUAUUCAGUACCUCCAAUGAAUGAUUUUAUUUUAUUGGCUUCUCAUGGCAUUUUUUUCAUGGUAUAAAAGUCAUGCUAGCCUUAAGUGGGGGUGGGAAGGUGAGGGGGGCAUAUGUUUUCCUGUUUGAGCUUCUGGAAUUGAAAAUAUGUGGAUUGGCUGAUAAAGAUCAUUUAUGAAAAACUACUGCUAACAUCCAAUUUAGUGGUGAAAUAUUGAAUGUUUUCCCUCUAAGACUGGUAACAAGUAAAGGAUGUCUGCUCUAACCACUGCUCUUCAAAACUGUAUUAAGAGGUCCUAGCUAGUAAAAUAAGGCAAGAAAAAGAAAAGGCAUUCAUCCCACUAGUUUUUGUUAUGUAUAUUAAAAAUGAAUGAUAAAAUUGUUUAUAACCUCAUUUUUUCACUGAAUAUGUUAUGAUGAACACUUUCAUGUUAUCAAACUUUGUUCUAGGGCCGGCCCAUGGCUCACUUGGGAGAGUGUGGUGCUGAUAACACCAAGGCCAUGGGCUCGGAUCCCUGUAUAUGGAUGGCCAGUUAGCUCACUUGGGAGAGCGUGGUGCUGACAACACCAGGUCAAGGGUUAAGAUCCCCUUACUGGUCAUCUUUAAAAAACAAAACCAAAAAACUUUGUUCUACAACAUUUUUAGAGGCCAAGACUGGUGGGACUGAUGUGGAAUGCAUUUUCAUUUUCCCUACACUAAUUCCACAUCAAGACCACCAAGCUCACUAGAACUUGGCCCAGUCACUUAAAUGUUGCUUCCUCAAAAUCUCUAAUGUCACCUUUGGGCAACUAGUGAUUUGUGAGGUUGAAGAAAUAUUCAGGUACUUGAUGGCCAACAGCAUGAAUUAUUGGAAUAUAGAUCUCACCGUGUAGGUUUCUGUACUGUGUUUAGAGAAGGUGUCAAUAAAAUAUUUGUAAAUUG